ACGCACGCACACGCACGCAUCUCAUAAGCACGCACACGCACAGUCCUGCAAACUUUCAUUCCCUGCAACGGAACAAAUCUAUGUUCACCAGCCGUCUCCCAAAGAUGUAGGCUAUUGUGCUGCGCUGCAUUGGACAUACACGAUUUAAGAUGACCAGCGAGGAGAGCGUACGAAUUGAACUGAGGGAGACCGGAGGAGAGUCGGACACCCAGACGAGAGCCUCCCCUCUCCCAUCUGGACCUCUGCUUUCUACCAACGGAGGACCAGCCGCCGCAGAAAAUGGCGGGAAACCGCAGAUGGAUGACGGGUACGAAACGAAGCAGACAUUUAGCAAGAAAAGGAAAAGGGUCUACAAAUUCGUCUGCCUAUCGUUGGUUGUUACUCUCCUAGCGGUGCUCGUUAUAAGUUUAUCAGUCUCGCAAAUAGGUUCAUCACAUAAAAAGACAGGAUCUCAAACAUCCACAGUUGCAACUAUGACCGAGCAAAUCAGAUGGGACCUCACAAGCAGACCAACAGUACCCGCUGUUAUUCUUAAUAUAGAUAGUAUAUCAGUCUCUUUAUCACUCACAUUCCCCUCAUCAACGUACAAGGACACUUACUCAGAUCGUAACUCACUAGAUUACAGGGAGAUAGAGUCAAACUUUACGAGAAAUAUAGAUGGCGUCCUACAAAAUGGCGAAUUUUCAACCGUCUAUGACAGAGUCACAGUUGAUGAUAUAAGAUCAGGUAGUAUCAUCAUCGAUAUGACCAUUCAUCUUACUGGUAUACCAAUACAUCUCCAUGGCAACCUAGCAUCAGUUGGCAUUCCUGAAAUGGAGUUAAUUCUCGGAAUGAAGGUGCAAACCAAUUUAGAAGAUGGAUACCCAUCAGAUGACGUAGUGAUUUUCAAAUUAAAUGGUGCUAAAAUCAGCGCUUCAUCUCUGACGACCAUAGCACAAGAGAUCAGUAUUCCUAUAGUUCACAAUCCAAGAUGUUUCCAAUGUUCUUCUAGCCCUGACUGUAUACCACUCUCCUGGAAAUGUGACGGCGAUACGGAUUGUAAUGAGGGUGAAGAUGAAAUGAAUUGCUCAUGCGAUGAAGGUUUCUUAUGCAGUAGUGGAGUUUGCGUGGAUCAGAGCUAUCGAUGUGACGGGUUGCCUGACUGUGAUGCAGGGGAGGAUGAAAUGAACUGCACGUGUAACUCAGUUGCAGAAUACAGAUGUCCGUCCACCCAAUCUUGCAUUCCAAAGGGCGCCCUCUGUGACUUUAAUCCUGACUGCCCUCAUCAUGAAGAUGAAUCUGAGAGUGUUUGUCAUUUCGAUUCAUUUGCUGAAAACACGAAUCUUACAAUCGGUAGCAGCCGUGCCAUUAGUCUACCAAUCAAUCGGCAGGAGACCGGAUUUAUUGGACCCGGUUCCUUCGGUCUUUGGUUCUUUAGCUCUCCCGAAAACCCGGCUGAAUUUCUUAUUAACAUUACGAUCAGCUUCAGGGGCAGCGGUGGAUCUUUUGUCAAAUUGGGGACCGGUCUCAAUGCAACGCGGGGCCAUCUGGCCGCGUUUACCGAAUCCGACGCCAUGAGCCCAGGUGAUUUGAAUCCGUUUUACGCGAGGAGUGAGAAUAUCUGGGUGAUCAUCUACCAGAGCGAUUAUGACAUCGUAGAGGGCGCUUUCAGUGUGACUGCAGUUCUAGCAACGGAUUGCGCAGAUGGAGAAAUCGCCUGCCAGUUCUCACCGGAAUGCAUCCCGCCCGGAGGACGUUGCGAUGGUAACGAAGAUUGUACAUUCACUGGUUCCAGAACAUACAUAGAAACAGUUUUUGUACGUCACGAAAAAUGAAAUUACAAAUCCAAUUUGAAAAGACAGCAACAAACAUGGUAAGCGUAAAGUUGCCAAACGGUUUUCUGUGUGUCAAUACAUAGUCAGCGAUUUGUACUUUCGAAUCUAAAUGACAUAAUUGAUACCAAAAUGAACUAGACUAGUUUGCUUAAAACUGAUUCUUUGAGUGUUAUAUAUUAAACUUUCAAACCCUAAACCUCGAGUGAUUUUUUUUAAAGAAGGACAUUGUAUAUCAAAACUAUUUGUUUUCUUGUUUCUUCCUACAAAGUUAUUUAUAUUUCGAAUAUAUAUUCAAUUACAUUUUUUUUAACUUGACGAGACAUAUUAUCUAUUUUCCACAUUAUGCAGUAACAGUAAGUGCUUGUCGAAUAUAAUUGUGUCGUAGGCCAUUCAUCAGAGAUAUUAUAAUUGACAAUGAAAACAGUUAAUGUAUAACAUUUAUCAUCAUACGAUGACAAAUGAAUUAAAUCAUGUGAACAUUUCAUGGUAUAAUUCAACUUGAAAAUAAGAACAUCUGAAACCUCAACUUGCAAUCUAUGAUAAUCAAUCGAUAUUUUAACCCCUCCCCCCCGACAAUCCAUGUAGGGAUUUAAUGGUGUACCAGUAACCUACUUGUGCAUCCUCAUCAACAUCAUUCAACAUGAACAAAUCGAUUUAAUUUUUUUUUUAUUAAUGUUCGGUACUGUAAUAACCUGAACACGACUAGCAUGAAGUGAAUAGAAAUUCUGGUUGUCAAAAACAGAUUGAAUUAUUAUAUUCAAGACGCGUUUCUGAUAGAAGAUUCGAACAAUUGUGCUGAAUUUGAAUUUAUUCAAAUUCCAUUAUUUCUCUUUUUUAUCUUUGCACGUUUUAAUCCUCACAAAAACAAUCAAAAUGUACAAAACAUGCGUUGCAAUGCAAUUACACAAAACUUUUACACACUGUGUUGCGUGAAAAAUAUCGUAAAUAAAACCAAGGGAUAUUUGAAAUCCAUUAUGAAGGUAACCGAUUUCAUGUUUAUUGAAUGUUUAUUAUAAGAACAAAAUUGUAAUGAACAUAAAGCAGGAUAUAUUCUAUUUGAAUUGUAAAUAUUUUUAUAGCUUUAUCAACUAUAAGUAUGUAUCAAUAUGUAUUACUAAUUAAAGUAUUAUUUAUUAAUAUUCUAUAAAAUAUGUGUUACUUGUAAUAUAUUUUUUUAAUAUGAGAAGUACUUUGUUUAUAAUGUUUCAAAAUACUUGAUGAUAUUUGAUAUUUUUUUUCCAUUUUACACCUUCCUUUCCUAAAAUAUUUCAAACACGGCCAUGUAAUAUCCUCAAUAUAAAAAAUAAAGGAUAUGAUUUGUGUUUGUAAAUUGAUGUAUCAAGUAUGAAAAAAAGUCUUAUUUUGC